UAUAUAAUGUCUGUAUUUCGUACUUAUAAGAUCAAGCCAUCUGUCUACAGGAUAAAGAUCAUUGGUGAUACAAAUGUUGGCAAGUUCACUGUUUUAAAGAGAAUUCUGGACUAUUCUUCAAAUGCUAGACCAGUGGAGAAGGAACGUCUAGUGAGUUAUAUGAUGCCAUCAGUGUCGACAUUCGCAUUGGACAUGCCACAACUCAAUGAUGAUCACCCACAUGUGUCAAUCACAAUGGAUCACAGCAGUAGUCUAAUCCCAGCCUUCUCACUGGUGCUGUUUGUCUUUGACGUGACCAACUUGGAGUCGUACCAAAACUUCACUCGUUGGGCCAACGAAUUCCAGCGAUAUGGUCAUCGCACCAAAAUGGUGAUCAUUGGUAACAAGACGGACCUACACCAAUCAAGAGUGGUCACCUAUCAACAAUGUUGCCAGAUGGCACUGGAAUUCUCUGCAUACCAUUACAUCGAGUCGAACCAUAAUCAAAGCAGUCACCUCCUAGACACUCUAAGGAACAUUAUAAUGGACUUGAUCAUGAACAAUACCAAAGAUCCAGAGAUCAGUCUUGUUCCACGGAUAUUGGCUCCACCCGUCCUUCAACCACAUAGCCAAGGCUUUGUUCCAGACUCAUUGUUUCGUUCAGUACUCUUCAACAACGUCGUACUUCGCAGACAAGUGUGGUCAUUCGUUCGUGAUCAAGACCGUAAACUUGGAUUUGUACCUGGAAACAAUCUUGACGCACUAUACAUCACAAGUUAUAAAGGUCAUCACAAGGCAAUCCUCAAUCACUUAAACAACAACAACAACAAUGACAACAACGACUUUGACAAGGACAACUACCUAAAAACGACAGUAUUUCCAUUGACAGUACUACACUUUGUACGUCAUUGUAAGGACAGUGAUAUGGUUGUAAGGAUGUUGAAAGAGAUGGGCGAUCAAUUCACGGCAGAAUACUCUUUUCGAAUUGGUGACGAGAGUUGUAUGAAUGGCGAUGAACAGCUGAUUGGCAAGUUGAUUGAUCAAUUCGAAUGUAGACCAACAAUAAGAGGUAUAAAAUAUGCGAUUAUAUUAGGUAACAUUGGUGCAAUCAAAAGGAUAAUGGACGAUGAGAGGCAACAUUUCAGUGAGCUCAAUUCACUGAUGGACUUGGCAAUUGAUCACAACCAAUUGGAAAUACAUCAAUACAUCAAAUCAGUACAACAACGUCCUCCACAUCCACUAUAUACAUCAUCCAACAAGAGUCCAACAUCAUCACCAUCAUCAUCAUUACUAAAUGUAUUUAAAAGGUUAUGGAAUCCAAAG